UUCCUGCUUUAAAUGAGCUGCACUCAGAAGGCUAGCCAGGUUAGCUAGCGAAUGAUAUCAACACGGUCGGAUGAUCCUGGUGGAUUUAUUUUACAUGCGAGGCCGAAUCACCACACACACACACACACACAGGCGACCGAACCCCCUCAGCCCCCUCCCCUCUUUCUCCUCGGCUGAUCUCUCCCCUCCGCUGCCCGAAUGAGCUCCAGUCCGCUCUCCAACGGCAAGCAGAUGUCGGACAACCAGAGCUGGAACUCCUCGGGCUCUGAGGAGGAUCUGGAGACGGAUCCCGGACCUCACGGCGGCGGGGUGGCCGAAUUCAGCGGCGUGCUCAGCAAGUGGACGAACUACAUCCACGGCUGGCAGGAUCGCUGGGUCGUGCUGAGGAACAACACUCUGAGUUAUUAUAAGUCGCAGCACGAGAGGGAGUACGGCUGCAGGGGCUCGCUGUGCCUCAGCAAGGCCGUCAUCACGCCCCAUGAGUUUGAUGAGUGCAGGUUGGAUAUCAGUGUUAAUGACAGCGUCUGGUACCUGAGGGCUCUGGACCCGGAUCACCGUCACCAGUGGAUCGACUCCAUCGAGCAGCACAGGGCCGAGUCUGGGUACGGCUCUGAAUCCAGUUUGAGGAGACAUGGCUCCAUGCUCUCUCUCACCUCAGCAACCAGCAGCUACUCCGCCACCUCCACCUCCUCCUUCAAGAAGGGCCACAGGCUGCGUGAGAAGCUAGCCGAGAUGGAGACGUUUAGAGACAUCCUCUGCAGGCAGGUGGACACACUGCAGAAAUAUUUCGACGCCUGCUCAGACGCCGUGUCCAGGGACGAGCUGCAGAGGGAUAAAAUCGUGGAGGACGAUGAAGACGAUUUCCCGACCACCCGCACCGACGGUGAAUUCCUGCACAACCACAACGGCAGCAAAGAGAAGCUGGUCCAUUCUUUGAGCACCAAGGGCCUGAACGGGAUCGAUUUUAAAGGCGAGGCCAUCACGUUUAAAGCCACUACAGCGGGAAUCCUGGCCACGCUCUCACACUGCAUCGACCUGAUGGUGAAGAGAGAGGACAGCUGGCAGAGGAGACUGGAUAAGGAGACGGAGAAAAGGAGGAGGGUGGAGGAGGCCUAUAAGACGGCGUUGACUGAGCUGAAGAAGAAAUCUCAUUUCGGAGGCCCGGACUAUGAGGAGGGCCCGAACAGUCUGAUAAACGAGGAUGAGUUCUUCGAUGCCGUGGAAGCCGCUCUGGAUAGACAAGACAAAAUAGAGGAACAGACUCAGACAGAAAAGUGUCGGAUACAGAGGCCGAGCCCGAUGCCUUCCGUAGACGUCUACUCCACCAUCGGCACACACCGAUUCGCCGAGAAGGUGGAGGAGAUGGUCAAGAGUCACAUGACCUACUCACUGCAGGAUGUGGGCGGAGAUGCGAACUGGCAGCUGGUGGUCGAGGAAGGAGAGAUGAAGGUGUACAGAAGAGAAGUUGAAGAGAACGGCAUCGUGUUGGAUCCUCUGAAAGCCACACACGCAGUCAAAGGGGUCACAGGUCAUGAGGUGUGCCAUUACUUCUGGGAUACAGAAGUUCGUAACGACUGGGAAACUACUGUCGAGAACUUCAACGUGGUGGAGACGCUGUCGGAUAACGCCAUCAUCAUCUACCAGACACACAAGAGGGUGUGGCCUGCGUCACAGAGAGACGUGCUGUACCUGUCGGCCAUCCGCAAAAUCAUGGCCAGCAACGAGAACGACCCCGACACCUGGAUCGUCUGCAACUUCUCUGUGGAGCACGACAAUGCACAGCCGAGCAGCAGGUGUGUCCGAGCCAAAAUCAACAUCGCCAUGAUCUGCCAGACGCUGGUGAGUCCACCAGAGGGCAACAAGGAGAUCAGCAGAGACAACAUUCUGUGUAAAAUAACAUACGUAGCCAACGUAAACCCCGGUGGCUGGGCCCCUGCGUCCGUCCUCAGAGCCGUAGCGAAGCGAGAGUACCCCAAGUUCCUGAAGCGUUUCACCUCCUACGUGCAGGAAAAAACUGCUGGCAAAACCAUCCUCUUCUAACAGCUCAGAUGUUCGGUGUACAGCGCCCCCUGUCGACACUCCGAGCUACAGCGGCCCAGAGGAGGUUCCUCUCACUGCAACCCUUCCUCCUCCUCUUCCUCCUCCUGAGCGUUCAGACCCUCAGCUGCCACCUGAAACAACCCGCAUUACCCACGAUUCCCUGCAUCGGUCCUCAGUAUAGACGUCCCGUAGGCUUUACGCGGCCCCAAGGCUUAAACUCCCAUCUGCGCGGAGACACGCGGCCGAGUCUCGGCGUCCGUCCCGUACUUUCAGCAGAGAAAUCUAUAUUGCUUUUAAAACAUAUUGUCUGUAUGUAAGUAAGUGAGAUUUAUAGAAAAUGUUUAUUUAACGGAGCCAAGAUGCAGAAGAACAGAUCUAUCGGGUUUACUUUCACUUUUUGUCUUUUUUUUUUCUGCACUUCAUUGAUUGAUCGCAGACUUCACUGCUCUGUCUCUCUCUCUGUCUAUCUGUUUUCCCUCAUGCUGCUAAUUUAAAAUAGAAGAAAAGAACACACACACCUGGGUCAGACGUUUAACCAUCCCCAGCAUUUGUAAAAUGAACUCUAAGAGGGCUGUCCAUGACCUAUGACCUACGACCUACGAACGUCAGCCUGACUCAUGAACUUUGCCUUUUCGUCUCGAUCUCUUUGAUGAAGCCCGGAUACUGGUGCUGAAGAGGAGAUUGUAUGUUUUUUUUUUUGUUUUGUUUAGUUUUAUUUUUUUUUUCCUGAUGUUUUGGUGUUAAAUUUUGUCUCUGGAAAUCUAAAAUGUGUUUUUAGUUGUACUUGUGUACGCUGGAGUCACGAAGGCCGGCAUACUGUAGCACAAUUAAGAAUUAGUAGACAAAAGCGGGAUCUUUUUUUUUUUUUUUUUUUUUUUAUCCGACUAGGAAACGCAUCUCUACAUCUCGACUUCUUGUAUAUAAUUUCUAAUUAUCGCCUCACGUGCGUGGGAUUGCAGUCAGCCGAUGCUUUUUGCGUGAUUUAUCCAACUCCUCAUGCCUUAGAAACGGGGGAGACGAGUGUAUGGGAGUGUGUGUAUCCAAACAAAAAGUACUGAUUUAACAGAUCUUGUUUGAGUGUGUGUGUGUUUGUGUGAGUCGGGAUGAUCCGGAGUAUCCGACGUGCGUCUGCAUCACUAGUGAAGUGCCUCAGUCUAAUCUAAUCGCACGAAAUCCGAUCUCAAAACAAGAACACGAGUCUUUCAGCGACUUACAUCAUGACGAUCUGUUUAGGGUUUUUUUUUUUUUUGCCUAGAACACCAAUUCGUGAUUUAAGGAAUGAUAAAUUGCCGCCCACAUUAAAGUUGAAAUUAGCGAUCGCGUAAUUCAAGAAAAUAAAAUCACAACUCGCAGUAAUUAAUGCAAUUCGAAGUUCGUCAGUUGCCUAGUAUCAGUGAGUGCUUAAUUAAUUUAUUUUGUCGGAACAAUUUUUCAGCCUUUUUUCUUUUGAUGAUUUAUUGCAUCCCCUCAAUAUUCUUGUGGUAAUCUUACACUGAUGUAAUAAAAACACAUCUUAGACUUCACAACCCUGAUGUUCAGCUCCAAAGCUUGCUCUUUAAGAGGCAGAGGAUUGUUAACGAUGGAUGUUGAGCAAAACACUGGCCUUCUUCAGUAGCAUCGACUCGACUCGGUUCUCCCUCGGCUGUUUCACUACCUUUUAAAAAGAAUCCAUUGGAUUCGAUAAGCACGUGACGUACAAUCCGCUUGUUUAUGAAGCACUUGUAUGGGCGUUUCAGACACAGCUGCUCGGAGGGGUUUGCGAUGCUGCGACAGGAAACAGCCAAUCAGGAGUGGAGCCUAAAACCCCAUAAAAUAAAAUGUGUGUGUGUCUGUGUGUGUGUGUGUGACAGAGAGAGAGAGUACGUGCUGAAUCCCAGGACAGUUUGCCAUUUGUUGCAUUUGCACUGAAUGUAAUGGAGUUGGAAUAAAACAGAUGUUCCUGUAAAUAAAAUCGUUACACUAA